GUAUUCGCCCAGAGUAAAGGCAGCGUUUUAUCCACCGGCUCCAGCGCUGACAGCUGUAACUGAGCUGAUAGCGCAACGCAACUCCGACUGCUCCACCAGCCAGCCAGCCAGCCAGCCAGCGUGGUCUGUGUGUGUGUGUGUGUGUGUGUGUGUGUGUGGGUCUCCCUAACCCACACACUCUCUCUCUCUCCCUCUCACUCUCUCUCACUCUCACUCUCUCUCUCUCCACCCCUCCCGUCUCUCUCCCUCUCUCUCUCAUCAUUUCUCAAUCUCUCUCCCCUCUCUUUCGCUCCGUCUCCUUCAGUCCCGCUCCCUUCUCUCCAUCUCUCUCCCGCUCUCUUUCUUUCUUUCUCUCCUUCUCUCUCCCUCCGCGCGCUCUCUCUCCCUCCCUCUCUCCUUCCCUCUUUCCAUCUCUUCUGCUUUCUCCCUCCCUCUCUCCCCAUCUCUCUCUUGGUCUCUCGUUCUCUCAGGCUCUCUCCGUCCGUCUCUCCUACUCUCUCUCCCUCCCUCCUUUCUCUGCUGCUCCUCUCAUCCCUCUCAUCCCUCUCAUCCCUCUCUCCCUCUCUCCCUCCCUCCCUCUCCCCCUCUCUGUAGUUGGUGUGGAUCGGGAGGAGAUGCCGCUGGAGAUAGUUUGCAAGAUUGCGUUCUCGGAGGAGGGUGAGCAGGGUGGGGAGGGGGUGGAAUGUGAGAGAAGGAGUUUGUUGGACGAGAGCGUGCCGAUGAUGGCGGCCAACAUGGGCAGCUUUGCCGACACCAGUUCCCUGCACGGUUUGCGGCACGUCUUUGUGCCCAGCGGUUGCGGUGUGAAGCCGGCACUCUGGGCUCUGGCCUGCCUCUGCUCGUUGCUGCUGGUGGUCUACCAGGUGGUCAGUUGCUCGCUGACCUACCUCCACUACCACCACCUCACCGCGCUGGACGCUGCUCCUCGCCACCACCUGCCGUUCCCCGCCGUCACCAUCUGCAACAUGAACCGGUUCCGGCACACCGCGCUGACCGAUGCCGACAUCUAUCACCUGGCCAACAUGACCGGACUCCCGCCCAAGAGCACCGACGCUCACCGUGCCGUCCAGCAGGGCUACCCCCCCCCAAACAUGCUGGACAUCUUCAACCGCACCGGCCACCAGAUCGAGGACAUGCUGAAAAACUGCAACUUCAGUGGGGCCCACUGCUCCGCCAGCAACUUCACCACGGUCAGUGCCCCUUUAAAUUAA